CAGCUCCGAAGUGCUGAAACCACCAACACUAGACUUAAGUUUACCAAAAGCAACACACGGGAACACGAUGGAAGGGAUCUCACGGAAACUUUUUCUACUCUCUUUCUUACUUCUGGAAGGGGCUACCCAAGAUUUCGGACAGACCCAAUUUAUUUGUACGUCUGUACCCAAGGAUAUGGACUUAUGUACGGCCACUUUGCAAAACAGCGGACCAGGGGACGAUUUGAAGACGACGGUUAUGCAGCUAAGGGAGACAGUGCUCCAGCAAAAGGAAACCAUUAUGAACCAAAAAGAAACAAUCAGAGAACUGACUUCAAAGUUGACUAGGUGCGAGGGCCAGAUUCUACCUGAGCCCGGGGACUCAAGAGCUGGGGGCAGGAGAAAAGAAACGGGCUCCAAAAACACUAUGGGGGAUGUAUCAAGGGGUCCAUCGGAUACGCUCGCACAACUGGGACAGACUUUACAGACACUUAAACAGAGGCUUGAAAACCUGGAGCAAUUCAGUAGAACCAACAAUUCAGCUCAGACAAAUAGCCUGAAAGAUCUUCUCCAGAACAAAAUCGACGACAUGGAGAAGCAGGUACUGUCCCGCGUCAACACUUUGGAGGAGAGUAAACCUGGUCAGAGGAAUGAGACCGAUCAGCGCGGCAGAGUGGAAUCGACCCUCACCUCACUGCACCACAGAAUCACCGACUUGGAGAAAGGCCAGAAAGACAACAGACCUUUGGACAAGUUUCAACUGACCUUCCCUUUGCGAACGAAUUAUAUGUUUGCCAAAGUGAAGAAGAGCCUUCCUGAGAUGUACGCUUUCACAGUGUGCAUGUGGAUCAAGUCCAAUGCGUCUCCGGGAGUGGGCACUCCUUUCUCAUACGCUGUUCCCGCACAGGCUAACGAGCUGGUACUCAUCGAGUGGGGAAACAACCCGAUGGAGAUACUCAUCAAUGAUAAGGUGGCAAAGUUGCCAUUUCUCAUUAAUGAUGGGAAAUGGCAUCACAUCUGCGUCACCUGGACCACACGCGACGGGGUGUGGGAAGCGUUCCAGGACGGAGUAAUGCGGGGAAGUGGAGAAAACCUCGCGCCGUACCACCCCAUCAAACCCCACGGAGUUCUCGUGCUGGGACAAGAACAGGACACAUUGGGAGGAGGUUUUGAUGCAACACAAGCUUUUGUUGGUGAGCUGGCAAAUUUCAAUAUGUGGGAUAAGAAGCUUUCUGCUGGAGAUAUUUACAAUUUGGCAACGUGCAGCAACAAAGCACAGGUUGGCAACGUCUUCUCGUGGUCGGAGACCAGCAUCGAGAUCUACGGUGGAGCUACCAAGUGGACAUUCGAGCCUUGCCGUCAAAUCAACUGAACUGCAGAACCGCAAAGAAAAAAAAUAAAAAUAAAAAGCCAAGCAGAAAUGCGUAUUUCCAAGCCUCUAUCGGUCUAGUCUUCAUUUUAAUGUUGAUUUAAAAAACUGAAAUAUUUAUUUAAGAUAUAGCGCAGAACCGGGAUUUCUAUAAAUAUUUAAAUAUUUAUGUGCAAAACACGACACUUGGGCUUGGUUUUUCCCCUUUCAUUUGUCUUGGAAACUUCAGUGGGACAGUGCUGGUUUUAAUUUCUUUUUAAAUCGGGAGUUUAAUUUGCAAGCGCGAUGUCUGACUGGCCCGUCCAACUCCUCUGCGCAUACGGAGCUGCAACUGGGCAACCGAAGCCUUAUAUGGGACAGUAAUUAUCACAACACAACCUGGAUUUACGUCACUUCCCUCUGAAAUUGAGGGUCAGGUAACAGUCCUGGCACUUGUAUUUGACCAAUCCAAGGACAUUGUGUCGAGUUUAAUGAUCGACCCCGCCCCCUUCCCCCAAAAAAGCCUCCCUUUCCUGGAACUUGCACUGUGAUUGACGAGUGAAUCAGAAAUUAUGUGGUAUGUAAAAUAAAAUGUGUGUGUAUAUAUAAAUAUAUAUAUAUAUAUAUAUAUACAUAUAAAGAGAGAGAGAGAGAGAGAGAGAGACAGAUUAAUUUAUUGUUAUCAUUAUUUGCUUCGUGUUUCUGUAAGAAUGUCGUUAAUUGCCAAUAUGUUACAAGCCUGGGUGCCUUGGGCUGGUGCAAAGAUUUAGCACAUUCAUUAUAAUUUGCUUAUUGUUUGUAUUUAUUUAUUUUGGAACCAAAUUCUUCUUCUAUUAAAUGUAUUUAAUAGCAAUUUGUUAAAGGACAUGACGUGUUUUGGCAGGUGUUUGUAUUCUGUAUUAGGAAUGUUAUCUGUACAGUAACAGCAUGAAAGAAAAAUGCUGCAACAGCAUCGAUGAAAUCUGCUUUUACUAUCCCUCUGGGUUGGGGUUUUUUACUGUAUUGUUAUAUGCUCAAAGCAUGGCAACACUGAAAGAUGAAAAAGAUCUAAUUUUUGUAAUAAAAUUGUGAUAUAUAAUA